CUGGCCUAUUCCGAGUUAUCUAGACACCAGUGAGAGACGGAGAUCCAGACAGGUGAGUCUCGCGUCCGGCAGCCGCCAAGGAUGGAGUUCGUAAAGUGUCUCGGCCACCCAGAGGAGUUCUACAACCUGCUGCGAUUCCGCAUGGGAGGCCAGCGGAAGUUCAUACCAAAGAUGGACCAGGACUCGCUCAGCAGCAGCUUGAAGACGUGCUACAAGUAUCUGAAUCAGACCAGUCGCAGCUUCGCCGUGGUUAUCCAGGCGCUGGAUGGGGAAAUGCGGUUAGUGGAGAGCCCCGACUCCGGGAGGACCGCUUUUCCAGGGGACUUUGAGUCACUGCAGCCACAUUGGCUCACCCUGCGCAACUUUCACACUUUCCUCUAUGAACCAGAGUGGCGCUUCAUGGAGAGCAAGGAGAAGCACCGCCAAGUGCUGGAGGACUUCCCCACGAUCUCCCUGGAGUUUAGAAAUUUGGCAGAGAAAUACCAAACAGUGAUUGCUGACAUCUGCCAGAAAAUGGGAUGUGGGAUGGCAGAAUUUGUGGACAAGCAUGUGACCUCCAAACAGGACUGGGACAAGUAUUGUUACUACGUUGCUGGGCUGGUAGGAAUUGGCCUUUCUCGUCUGUUCUCGGCCUCAGAGUUUGAAGACCCCUUAGUUGGUGAAGACACAGAAUGUGCCAACUCAAUGGGUCUGUUCCUGCAGAAAACAAAUAUCAUUCGUGAUUACCUGGAAGACCAACAAGAAGGAAGAGAGUUUUGGCCUCGAGAGGUAACUGACAUGGGGUACUUGGGGGAAAACAAUUUUACCAACACCCUGCACCAUAUCCCCGACGUCAUCACCUACCUGUCAAGGCUCCGGAACCAAAGUGUGUUUAACUUCUGUGCUAUUCCACAGGUAAUGGCCAUCGCUACACUGGCUGCCUGUUACAACAAUCAGCAGGUUUUCAAAGGGGUAGUGAAGAUUCGGAAGGGGCAAGCAGUUACCCUCAUGAUGGAUGCUACCAACAUGCCAGCCGUCAAAGCUAUCAUACAACAGUAUAUAGAAGAGAUUUAUCACCGGAUCCCCAACUCAGACCCAUCUUCCAGCAAAACCAAGCAGGUCAUCUCCACCAUCAGGACACAGAGCCUUCCCAACUGUCAGCUCAUCUCCCGAAGCCACUACUCCCCCAUUUACCUGUCGUUUGUCAUGCUCUUGGCUGCCCUGAGCUGGCAGUACCUGAGCACCCUGUCCCAGGUCACAGAAGACUAUAUGCAGACAGGAGAACACUGAUAUUUUUAUUUGGCUGGAAGCCGAAGUUCACAUGAAAUGGUUUAACCUUCCUCCUGGUGGAUUUUGACUUCCCUUUCGCUUUCCCUACUUUAAUCCCUCGGAGAACUAUGUGUGGGACCUUUAGGAACUGCGGAGGAAAGGACGCCUGCCCCCAGCAGCCUGGUGCUUGUUGGGUUGUGGUCUGCCUCUUGUAGCCAUUGGCAGCAUGCUCACUGCUGCACUUUAGAUGGGGUGGCCACACAUGAUGGUCACAAGACCCUAGUGAACCUGGCUAGAGUAAUAAUUGAAUUUAUUUAAUUUGAGACAGCCUUUGAAUACCUAUCACAAUAGAAAAUGAAGUGACUUUUCCUUC